AUGGAGGCCAAGAAAAUUGCGGAUCUUAGAAGAAUAUGUCAAGAGUGGAAUAUUUCCGCGACUGGCAAUAAGGCGACUUUGUUGGAACGUAUAAAACAAUUUGAGCUACAACAGCAACAACAAAUCCCAUUAAAACAAGAGGAGGAUGAUGAUCUUAAUACUUUAAAUCAUAAUAGUAAUAAUCUCAAUAACAACGGCAAUAAUAAGUUAUUUAUUGAAGAGAAAUCAAGGUCUUCUAUUGCUAGUACUCCUCGUGAAGAAUCAAUUAGAUCCGAUUCAUCCGCAUCAACAAUAGCAACUCCAAGAUCACCUUUAUUGCAGCAACCACAACAAACCACAUCGUCACCGUCACCAAUGUCCAUAGUAGAACAACAAAAAAGUGACAUCAAAAAAGAAAUACCAUCUUCUGAAUUGGAACCCUAUAAUAUAUUUGAAUCGAUGACUCUUGAACAGGCUGCUGAAUUCUUUCAACCAGACUCUGUUCAGAUUAUCAUUGAUCGAAAACAUUUGGUGACUAAUACAAACAUCAAUAAUCCUAAUAAUGCUAAUAACAUCUUCACCAACAACAACAAUAUCAUGAAUAACAAUCCUGCUGCGUCAUUGAUUGGAGUUGGAGGCGUAACAAGUAUUCAUCAAUAUCAACAGCCACCAUUCUCAAGAUCAACAGGUGGCGUAGUUCCGUGGUGGUUGGAAAAUGACUGUGACACUGCAUUCUCUGCCAUGAGGCAACCUGGCUUGUCGGAAGAUAAUAUAAUCACCAUGAGGCAAUCUGGUUUAUCGGAAGAUAAUGUUAUAACUGGCGAGUAG